CGUUACCCAACACUGCACAUAAUCUUCGCAACAACAAAGAAAUCCAGGGCUAAUUUAUAAAACGCCGAAUAAUUGCCUGCUUCUAAGGAAAUUUACAAUGCAACACACACUAAGACGUUGCCUGGGCAUGGCUCAAACGCCCCUGCUGCGCCUGUAUCCUAGUCCCAUCGCCGUCGCAACGAGAAGAUCAUUCGCUUCAGUGCCGCAAGAGGAAAACAAAAAGGAACAGGAGGCGAGGUCCAACCGUAAUCAUUUGCCGCGCCUUAUGGACUUCCCAGAGGUUGUGUGGCCCUCGGCGUUGAACACUAUCAAGAAUUGGAUCACCAUCCAGUUCAUCAUCCGGCCCUACUUCGACAGCGAGUUCCAGCUGAAGGAUUUCAUUUUCGGCGCCAAGCAGGCAUUGCAGGUUGUGUCCUCCAAACUGAUGGGCGGUGAACUGGACUCCUUGGAUAACUUGGUGUCGGCCGAUGCCAUUGCGGAACUGAAGCCCGUGAUACAGAAACUGUCGAUGUCGCAACGCCGGCAGCUGGAGAUCAAGGAGAGUGACAUCUACCUCUCGUUUCCCUACCAGGUGGGCAUCAUGUUCGACGAGGCCAACGACAAGCUGCAGAAGCGCUUUGUUGAGGUCACGAUGGUCUUUCAUGUGAUGCGGGGCCUGUCCGAGAUGCGAGAGCGCGGCGAGGAGAUACCCUGGAACAUGGGAACUCUGCCAGAGUAUCAGGAUAAAGUCUUCAUUUGCAACUAUCGCUUCAUCAAGGAAUUCACUGCCGGCCAACAGUCGGACUGGACGAUCAAUGUGGCGAAUCACUUCAGGGCGAUUGAUCUGAUCACCGAAACGAAAUAACAAAAGCCCCAGCCACAGUGCAGCUUCUUUUGUUCGUUAAGCCCUAGUUGAUAUUUGUUAGCUCAUCCGCAUCCCCCUUCCACCACGUUGCAAACACGUUGCAAUAAAAGUUUUGUUUUGCCGCAUUUAAGGUAUA